AUGGCUAUCAUGAAAACCACCUUCCUACUCAGUCUUAAUUUCCUUCUUUUGCUAACUGAGUUGAUUUCACUUGAAGCUAUAUGGUCCAAUUCUAGUGCUGGCAACUCCACUAUGGGUUGCAUCGAGAUGGAAAGGGAAGCCCUUCUUAAAUUUAAAGAAGGACUUGAUGAUCCUUCAAGAAGACUUUCUUCCUGGGUUGGCAAAGAUUGCUGCAACUGGUUGGGAGUAGGCUGUAGCAAUCGAACAGGUAACAUCAUAAAACUUGACCUCAAAAGGCCAUUUUUCUGUGAUCAAAUAUCUAGUAAUACCUCAACAGUGUGUUGGAAGCCUUUGAGUGGUGUUUUAUCUCCUUCCUUGCUUGAAUUAAAAUAUCUAAAUUACUUGGAUCUAAGCUACAAUGAUUUUCAAGGAAUUCCCAUCCCAAAUUUCAUUGGUUCUCUCAAUAUGUUGAGUUACCUUAAUUUCUCCUAUGCAUCCUUUGCUGGAAUGAUCCCACCUCAACUUGGGAAUCUUUCUAACUUGCUUUAUCUUGAUCUCUCUGCUUUUGAUGAACAUCUACCACUACCACUACCAACUCCUUCAACUUCAAAUUUAAAUUGGCUCUCCGGUCUCUCUUCCCUACAAUACCUCAAUUUGAAUGGGGUGAACCUUUCUGAAGCAACAACUGAUUGGCUGCAAACUGUUAAUCUGCUCCCUUCUCUGUUGGAGUUGCACUUGUCCAAUUGUGAACUUAAUUAUCUCCCUCAAAGUUUUUCCUCUCUCAACUUUACUUCACUUUCUGUACUUGAGCUCUCUUAUAAUGACUUCAACUCUUCUUCAGUUCCUCAAUGGAUGUUCAAUAUCACUUCCCUCACAAAUCUCAAACUUAGCCCCUGUAAUCUCAGUGGCUCCAUCCCUAAGAUUGCAAAGGGGAAGCUAUGCAAUUUGCGGACUUUAGAUUUAUCAUAUAAUCAUAUCAGUGGCGAAAUAACAGAAUUUUUCCAGGCUUUAUCAGAAUGCAGUAAUAGUAGCCUAGAGGAGUUAAAUUUGGGCUGGAACCAACUCAUUGGGAAUAUCCCUCAUUCUUUGGGGUAUGUAAAGAGUUUGAGAAAGCUUCAACUUUUCAGCAAUGCAUUCUCCGGUUCAAUUCCAUCAUCUAUACAAAAUCUGUCCCGAUUGGAGAUAUUGGACCUCGAAUUGAACAUGAUGAAUGGAACCAUCCCAGAAUUAAUUGGACAACUUUCUGAGUUGAGAGUGUUGCAUCUUGUAGAGAAUUACUGGCAAGGUAUCAUGACUGAAACUCAUUUCCUAAAUCUCACAAAAUUGAAUGGCUUUUCCUUGUCAUCAUAUAGGAACCUUUUAGUUUUCAAUGUGACACGUGAUUGGAUUCCUCCUUUUAGUCUACAAUAUGUCAACAUUUUGGACUGUCAAUUGAACCCUACAUUCCCUACAUGGCUUAGAACACAGAAGGAACUCACAGAGAUCCAUUUAGUGAAUACUACAAUUUCAGAUACAAUACCGAAUUGGUUGUGGAACUUGUCUUCACAGCUUGAGGUGUUGGAUCUUUCUCAAAACAAAUUAAUGGGAAACCUCCCCAAGUCAUUAAACUUCUCUUCCUUGGACUCGGUACAUCUAGAUUUUAAUCAUUUAGUGGGUCCACUACCACUAUGGCCUAGUGUGACAAGGUUCUCCUUGAGGAGCAAUUUACUUUCGGGACCAAUACCGAUAAGAAUUGGCCUAGAAAUGUCACAAUUGACAGUCUUAGAUCUCUCAGACAACUUGCUAAAUGGUAGCAUCCCAUCAUCCAUAAAUGGACUAACAGAUUUGGGCUUUCUUCUUCUAUCAAACAAUCAUUUAUCUGGAAAUAUCCACAAUCAUUGGAAGAGUAUGCAAAAUCUGCUCUACAUAGAUCUGUCCAAGAAUAAUCUAUUUGGUGACAUUCCAAGCUCAAUGUGCUCACUACCUUCUCUUAGCUGGUUGCAAUUGAGUAACAACAAUCUUUCUGGAAACCUCUCCUUUUGCUUGAAAUUUGUUUCAAGCAUAUCGCUAUCAACACUUGAUCUUGGUGAGAAUAGAUUAUCAGGGACCAUACCAAAAUGGAUUGGAGAAAGACUUUCUUCAUUAACAAUAUUAAGGCUACGAGGAAAUAUGCUCUUCGGAAGAAUUCCUAAACAAUUGUGUGGAAUGACUAAUAUCCAUGUCUUGGACCUUGCACAUAAUAAUUUCUCAGGAUCUAUUCCAUCAUGUUUAGGUAGUUUGGCUGGUUACAAAAAUUUCAAUGGCACAAUAUUUCCGGAGAUCACAGAGCAUAUGGAUUUGGUUGUUAAAGGGAGACAAUAUGAAUACUACAACCAAAUCUCAAAUGUUAGUCUCAUGGAUUUUUCGAAAAAUAGUCUUUCAGGGGAGAUCCCAACAGAACUAACAAAUCUGACCUUAUUGAAUUCCUUGAAUUUGUCAUGGAACCAGUUUACGGGAAAGAUACCAGAGAACAUUGGAGCUUUGCACCAAUUAGAAACUCUUGACCUCUCAAACAACCAUCUUUCAGGUCACAUUCCUCCAAGCAUGUCUUCUAUGACUUUUUUGAGCCAUUUGAAUUUGUCAUAUAACAACUUGUCCGGAGAAAUUCCAUCAUCAAACCAAUUUCAAACCUUCAAUGAUCCAUCCAUUUAUGUAGGUAACCCACAACUUUAUGGGCCUCCUCCAUUGCCAACAAUUUUCUCAAUACCAAGUGACAGGAGUGCAGAACAUAAAGAUGGUGAAGAUCGUUUUGAAAAGUUAUGGUUUUACCUAAGUAUUGCGCUGGGUUUCAUUGUGGGAUUUUGGGCUGUUUGUGGCAGCUUGUUGAUAAAGAAGUCCUGGAGAAAUGCUUACUUCCGUUUUGCUGGUAAAAUGAAAGAUAGGCUUUUAGUGGUCAUUGCAGUGAAUAUGGCUCAUUUGCAAAGGAAGAUUCAAGCAGAAAAACACUGA